GAUCUUCGGCGCCGCAUCAAGUCGAACAAUCCUAUUAACAGGUGUUGCGUGACGUCAAACGCAUCUGGGGUUUUAAUUUCCUCGUCAUCAUGGUGCGACGCGUUGGUGAUGUCACACAUCACGCGACACAUCGGAUGAGAGUCGCUCGGAUCAAGUGAAACAGACGGUUGACAUAAUGAUUCAACCAAAAGAAGAAUAUGAGGAUAACACUCCUCUGGAACCAUUUGAAGUGAAAAGGGAAGAAGCACUGGAGUUGAUGUUUCAGAAAGAAGAGAAGAUCAGUAGGACGUCAUUGAGACAGAUCAAGUGCCACUACUGCUCACAGUGUGGAAAGAGUUUCAGUCUGAGACAGCAGUUAACACGACACAUGCGCAUACACAGCGGAGACAAACCCUACCCGUGCUCCCAGUGUCCCAUGAGCUUCAGAACAAAAGAGAGUCUGCUCGAGCAUACGCGCGUACACACGGGUGACAGACCGCACGUGUGCGAUCAAUGCGGGAAGGGCUUUAUACGGCCGGGAAGACUUCAAAUCCACAGGAGAAUUCACACCGGAGAAAAACCUCAUGAAUGUUCUCAGUGUGGGAAGAGUUUCAAAAGUGUCGAUGAACUUCAGCGUCACGCGCGCUUACACACGGGACACAAACCCUUCCACUGCGCUCAGUGUGAUAAGAGUUUCACUCGCAGCGGACAGCUGAGCAGACACGUACGUUUACACACCGGUGAGAGACCUUACCAGUGUACACGCUGUGUGAAGAGUUUCUCACGAGCAGAACACCUCAGAGGACAUCAGAUCAAUGUACACGGAGAAUAAACACCCGAGAGGACGUCAGAU